CGUGGCUGAGGCGCCCGAGGCUGAGGCGCCCAUGGCUGACCUGGAGGCCGCCAUCAGCAUGAUCAUGGACGUGUUUGCCCGCUAUGCAGGGACGCACGGCAGCCGGCGGAGCCUGAGCAAGGAGGAGCUGAGGUUGCUCCUGGAGAAGGAACUCCCGGGCUUCCUGGAGAGCGGGAAGGACGACGCCAUGGACAAGCUGUUCAGGGGCCUGGACACCAGCGAAGACUCCACAGUGAGCUUCCAGGAGUUCGUCCUGCUGGUGGCGGGGCUCACGGCUGCCUGUCACAAGCACUUCCAGGAGGAGGGAACCAGCUGA